AGGCUCAUUCAGCACACUCUCUUCUUCUCCUCCUUGGUCCGAGUUUUUCACUCUUUCGCACUAUCCUUUCCCUUGCGCAACUUCAUUGACUGAAGUCUUUCAUUCGCACCCGCUAGUCGGUCUUGUCACGUUCAUUCUACUACUCAAAAACACUCACUUUCCAACUACCGCUCUUCGGUUCCAACAAACAAACUCUUAUCAAGAUGCCUUCCACCACCCGCACUCUUGUCUCUGCCCUGGCGGGCGCCGCCGGCGUCGCUGCCCACGGCUACGUCCAGAACGUUGUCAUCAACGGCGUCUCCUACUCGGGCUACGACGUGACCAACUUCCCCUACAACGCCAACCCGCCCACCGUCAUCGGCUGGUCCUCCGAGGCCACCGACCUGGGCUUCGUCGCGCCCGACGCCUUCCAGGACCCGGACAUCAUCUGCCACCGCGGCUCCCAGAACGCCGGCGGCUACGCGGAGAUUGCGGCCGGCGACAGCCUCUUUGUCCAGUGGAACACCUGGCCCGAGUCCCACAAGGGCCCCAUCAUCGACUACCUCGCCAACUGCGGCGACGAGGGCUGCGCCUCGGUCGACAAGAACACGCUCGAGUUCUUCAAGAUUGGCGAGGCCGGCCUCGUCGACGGCUCCUCGGCGCCCCUGACCAUGGCCGACAGCAUCCUCGACUCCAACGGCUUUGGCUGGAUGGUCACCAUCCCCGCCGACCUCGCCCCGGGCAACUACGUCCUCCGCCACGAGAUCAUCGCCCUCCACUCCGCCGGCGAGCUCAACGGCGCGCAGAACUACCCCCAGUGCUUCUCCCUCAAGGUCACCGGCUCCGGCGACGUCCAGCCCGAGGGUGUCCUCGGCACCAAGCUCUACACCGCCGAGGACGAGGGCAUCCACUUCAACGUCUACUCCCCCGUCGACUCCUACCCCAUCCCCGGCCCGGCCCUCUUCUCCGGCUUCUCCCCCGUCGAGCAGGCCACCUCCGCCAUCGACUCGAGCGGCACCGCCACCGUCGGUGACGGCCCUGCCCCUACUGCGGCUCCUGCUGAGCCCACCGGCGGAAACGACGACGGUGCUGCCACCACCUCGGAGGCCCCCGUCGUCACGGAGGCUCCCGCCACCACCGAGGCUCCCGUUGUCACAUCGGCCUCCGCUACGGCUGCCCCUACCACCACCGAGGAGGUCGCCCAGCCUGAGCCCACCCAGGACACCUGCGCCCUCAAGAAGCGCAGCAAGAAGGCCCGCCGCCACGCUCGCAAGAACGGCAAGGUCGCUCGCCGCGUCUAAGAUGCCCUGGACGGAGCUGUCUAGACUAGACUAGACUAGACAUGAUGGAGGAAAAGCUUGUUGUGAUGGACGGAUCUUGGUGAUGACCAACCGAUUUGCAUUCUACUGUAUAUAUGAGCCUCGUGCUUUGUACCAAGGAGAGAGAGAGAGAGAAUAGACGGCUUUCAUGUCGGCAAUGUGUGUGCUUCG